CCCAAGUAUUUACAGAGAACGUAUUAUACGUUCUCUGGUAUUUAUUUGUAAAUAAAACACAAAAGCAUGGAAUUUCGUAUUUUGGAACUCUUUAGUGGCAUUGGCGGCAUGCAUUAUGCUUUUAAUAACUCUGGAAUGCCUGGAAUUAUAGUCGCCGCAAUGGACAUCAACACACAUGCCAAUGCUGUGUACGCCCACAAUUAUCCAUCUUCUCUAGUAUGCAACAAUAAUAUACAAAGUUUAACCCCUCGGAAAAUAGAGAAGAUGAACGUAAAUAUGAUACUUAUGUCUCCACCUUGCCAGCCCCACACGAGAGUUGGUAAUCGCUUAGAUGUAGCUGAUAACCGCUCAGAUGCUUUGCAACAUAUUUGCGAUUUGCUACCACAAUGCCAUAACAUACAAUACAUACUGAUGGAAAAUGUGAAAGGUUUUGAGGUGUCUGAAGCGCAUAAACAAUUUAUUGAAACGUUAAAAACCGCAGGGUACCAUUGGAGAGAAUUCUUACUAACCCCAACCCAAUUUGGCAUACCGAAUUCUAGAAAUCGAUACUAUUGCUUAGCACGUCGGAAAGACUUUAAUUUCACUGGGGAAUCUAUUUUAGAAAAAAUACCAAGUGAAUGUGAAAAUCCGAAAAAUGAAUUUAAUGAAAAAAUCAUUAGUGACAUGAUUGAGCCGGAGGAAAUAACUAAAGACUACCAUUUACCAGAAAAAAUACUGACUAAACGUGUGUGGUUAAUGGAUAUAGUGACAGCGGAAUCAAAAAAGACAAUGUGUUUCACUAAAGCGUAUACCCACUACAGCGAAGGUACUGGCUCAAUAUAUUCUCCUUUGGCUAAGAAAGAUAUGGAUUUAACAUUUUCUAAGAUAAAAGAGUUAGAAAAUUCUGAGGGAAAUGAAGAUCUACGUAUAGAACUUCUGAAAAGUUUAAAAUUGCGGUAUUUUACUCCACGCGAAGUUGCAAGAUUAAUGAGCUUUCCAGAUUCAUUCGAUUUUCCGACAGAAACAACAAAUCGGCAGAAGUACCGUCUUUUAGGCAAUAGUAUAAACGUUUAUGUUGUUAGUAUAUUAAUAAAAAUACUAUGCUCCUGAAAUGGUUAGUGUUUGUUUGGUUAUAUGCUGUUUUUUUUUAUAUAAUAUCUGAAUAUAUCGAUCAAAUUAAUAAAUACAGUACAAAUUUA